CCUCGCUCGGUCGGCAGUCUCCGGCAUGAAUCCACGGUCUUCGGCAGGCUGAUUUAUAUUUCCUGGUUCGCCCUGCUGGGAGUGGCCGCUGCUGCUGCUCUGCGAUAAGAAAACAACGUGACAACGUGACUUCCUGGAUUUCUUGGUUUCAUUUCGGACUUAAACCAGGACUGAACAGGAGACUCUGAGGCAAUGAGGAUAACUUUCUCCUGGAGGUUAGUGAAGUUACUCGCCGUUUCUGCUGUGCUUGUCCUGUCUGCUCAGGUCUUAGUAAGUAGAGUAACAUUUAGUAAACACCGCCCAAAGCCGAGUCCCCUCCCUGACGAGGAGUACAGGGUCCUGUCCCCUGAAACCUACAAGUAUAUUCUCAAUCAGCCUGCAGUAUGCAAAGACAGAAGCCCCUUCCUGGUUUUUAUGGUCCCGGUUGCCCCUCCGGAGGCUGCAGCGAGGGAGGCCAUCAGGAAAACAUGGGGUGCUCCAGCUCAGGACACUCUAACUCUGUUCUAUGUGGGUCUCCCUGAGGGGGGGCAAGUAUCAAACAUCCAGGAGAAGCUGGAGGAGGAGAGUAGGAAACACGCAGACAUCAUCCAGAUGAACUUUGUGGACAGUUACAAGAAUCUGACAAUCAAAACCAUGAUGAUGAUGAACUGGCUGGCGACCCACUGCCCCAAUGCCUCAUACACCAUGAAGGUGGAUGCUGACAUUUUUGUGAACGUCUUCUACCUCAUCAGGCGGCUGAGUAGCUCCCCUCAGCAGGGCUACAUCACAGGAUCAGUGAUCAGCGAUGGAAAACCCAGGAGGGACAGCAACAGCAAAUGGCAAAUAACAGAGGAGCUGUACCCUGAGGACAGCUUCCCUCCGUAUGUGUCAGGAGCUGGGUAUGUCUUCUCCACAGACCUGGCCGCCAGAAUCUCCUGGGCAUCCAGGUUUGUCCGGAUGAUCCCUCUUGAGGAUGUCUACGUGGGGUUGUGUCUGAACGUGCUCGGCGUCCGGCCGGUGUACUCCAGAAGUCUGCUGACCCUGAGGAACCUGUUCGAAAUCCAAAACCUGAAGUAUGACAGGUGCACUUUUGCCAAACUGGUCCUUGUUAACGGAUUUAAUCCGUCACAACUGCUGCAUGCUUGGCAGGACUUCUCACAAGGCCAUACUAGCUGCUAUAUACUACAGCACUAAGUGCUUCACAGUUAGGACAGGCAUGAGAGCCUGAAACAAGGUUGGAAAAAAUAAAAAAGGACACUUUUGUAAAGGAACAAAGCCAUUAGAGACUCAGCCAUCGGUGUGGAAGUAUAGCUGUUCAGGUUAAAGGGUGAUUGGUAAUUAUGGAGAGAUGUACUCAAGGGUUGGACAGGAAAUUAGAUCUGAUCAAUAUCAGGGAACUUAACAAAUGGGUCACUUUAAAGAGUUCAUUAAUUGCUUAGUUAAUCGACAAAAAAAAGUUUGAUAAUCGAUAAAUUCUUAAGUAGCUAAAAUCUCUUCAAAUAAAACUAUAAGAAAAGGUAACAUCACUCAAAUUAAACUGCUCACAAAUUGUAGACUACCUGUUUCAUGGAACUGUGAGUAUAUCUGCUGGUUUAAGUUAUUCCACAAGCAGAAAUCCUCCUCAAAUGUGAGAAAAUGCUGCUGUCGUCUCUUUAAUAUCAUAAAUUGAAUAUUUUUCAGUUUUGGACAGUUGGUGGAAUAAAACAAGGAAUUUGAAGUUGUCACCUUACGCUCUUUGGAAAUAGACCAAACAAUUAACUAAAAAGACAAUUGUCACAUUAAUCAAUAAUAAAAUGAGGGCUUCAACUAUC